AUGGCUUUGUGGGCGAUAGAGCUGAGCGAGUUUGAUAUCCAAUACCGCUCGCGGACGGCCAUAAAAGGGCAAGCAGUAACUGACUUCAUCGCCGAGUUCACUCUCGGGGAAGGCCAAGUGGUGGAAGAGAAAGAGCAGUGGAGUAUCUAUACAGAUGGAUCCUCGAAUAGACGAGCCGGAGGAGCCGGAGUAGUGAUCCAAACUCCGCAGGGAGACAAGAUACAAUGUAUGAUCCGAUUGUAUUUCCCCACAACCAACAACGAGGCAGAGUAUGAAGCCUUGGUAGCAGGGCUAGACCUUGCAAAGACCACGGGAGCAGAAAACAUAGUUGUCCACUGCGAUUCACAAGUGGUGACGAGUCAGAUCAAUGGUGAUUACGAGUGCAAGAACGAUAGAAUGAAGAGGUAUUUAGAAGAAGUGAAAUACCAAAUCAGCGACCUCGAAGUCGAAUUCAUUCAGAUCCCAAGGGAAGAGAACGAAUGGGCUGACCACCUAGCAAAAGCUGUGUUAGCCGAAUUCAUGUUGGUUCCCGAACAGGUAUUAUCAUUCAUUCAAAUCUCCUCACUUAUCGAUGACAGAACAAAUAUGCAGGUGGUGAACUCUGAAUAUAACUGGAUCACGCCAUUGAUCUCCUACCUAAAGGUUGGGGUGCUAACAGAUGAGAAGAGCGCCGCAAGAAAGCUGAAGGUCCAGGCAUCACGGUUCGUGCUGAUAAAGGACGUCUUAUAUAAAAGAGGUUUCUCUCGACCGUACCUGAGGUGUCUGUGUCAAGAGGAAGCAGAUUACGUGAUGAGAGAAGUACACAAGGGUAUCUGCGGAAACCACUCGGGCGCACGAUCACUUGUACACAAGUUGAUCCGAAUAGGAUACUACUGGCCUACAAUGAUGAGGGCUGCGCAAACCUAUGUCCAGUCCUGCGACAAAUGCCAGAGGUUUAGCAAUCUCAUCAGGCAGCCGUCCAAAGAACUGACACCUAUGACGACACCCUGGCUGUUCGCACAAUGGGGACUUGAUAUCAUGGGCCCAUUCCCGACGGCGAUCAGACAGCUGAAAUUCUUGGUCGUCGGUAUAGACUACUUCACUAAGUGGGUCGAGACGGAAGCCUUAGCCACCAUCACGGAGAAGAACAUCCGAAGUUUUGUCUGGAAAAACAUCAUAUGCAGGUACGGGAUACCCAGAGUACUGGUCUCUGACAACGGUAAGCAAUUCGACAACAGCGCGUUCAGAGACUUUUGCUCGGAGCUUGGGAUCAAGAAUCACUACUCAACACCUGCACACCCAUAG